UCGCGCCGCCCGCGCCGCCCCUUCCGCCCCGCCCGCGGCCGCCAUGGAGGCGGCGCCGCGCGUCGCCUUCGGGGUCAUCGCCGACAUCCAGUUCGCGGACGCCGAGGACGGGCACGACUUCGGCGGCUGCCGGCGGCGCUACUACCGGCACAGCCUGCGCCUGCUGCGGGACGCGGUGCGGGCCUGGGCCGCCGAGAGCCCGCCGAUCGACUUCGUGCUGCAGCUGGGUGACAGCAUCGACGGGCUGAACGCCCGGCGCGGCGAGGCCGAGGGCGCCCUGCGGCAGGUGCUGGAGGCCCUGGGGCGGCUGCCGGUGCCGGUGCACCACGCGUGGGGCAACCACGAGCUGUACAACUUCAGCCGGGCCCGGCUGGCGCAGAGCGGGCUGUGCAGCCGCCCCGCGGGGGGCGCGGCCGGGCCCCCGGACGGGCUGUGCCAGGCCUAUCACUGCAGCCCCGCCGCGCGGCUCCGCCUCGUCGUGCUCGACGCCUACGACCUGAGCAUCCUGGGCAGGGACCCCGACAGCCCCCGCUACCAGGAGUCCCUGCGGCUGCUGCGGGACAAGAACCCCAACGAGGACCUCAACAGCCCCGCAGGGCUCAAAGAACCUCAGUUUGUAGCAUUUAAUGGAGGAUUUAGCCAAGCCCAGCUGGACUGGUUCGAUGAAGUCCUCAAGUUCUCUGAUGAAAACCAAGAAAAAGUUGUAGUUAUGGGCCACCUGCCCAUUCACCCCGAUGCUUCGGACAGGGUGUGCCUGGCCUGGAAUUACGAAGCUGCCCUGUCUGUCAUCCACUCCCACCGAUGCGUGGUCUGUGUCCUCGCGGGGCACCUGCACGAUGGGGGGUACUGCCAGGACUCCCAUGGAGUUCAUCACCUCACCUUGGAGGGGGUGAUCGAAACGCCCCCAGAAAGCAACGCUUUUGGGACUAUUUAUGUCUAUGAAGAUAAAAUGGUACUAAAGGGAAGGGGCAGAAUUGCAGACAGAGUUAUGCAGUUCUGAAAUGCCAGGUAAAAUACAGAUUGCUCUUCAGGAAGGACUUGGGAUAAAAAUGUAAGGGAUUCAGCUCACUGGUUGUAGAAAGGCGCAUGGCUGAUCCUUAUUGCUUUAGCUUAGGCAGGCAUUUUUCUCUUGGAUACAGGAUUUUAGAAAUUACGUUUCUGUAAGGAAAGCCUGAUUUCCUUGUGGAAAAUGGAGAAGGCCAGUAACUGAAAUACUUAAAUGCAGAAUGUUGACUUGAAACACCCAAUCCGGACUGGAUUGUUAUUGUGAAGAGAUGCAAACCAUAUUAUGAAUAUUGUCAAAAAAACACCCCUUGUUAUCCUCUCAGUGAGCAUUAAAGCAUGCAGAGUUGUACCUGCCUAGCCGCAUUUCAACAUACUUAUUUUCUGUGAACAUCAUAGGCAAUAAUGUCUCAUGUCUGGCAGAAUACACCCACCCUGUAGCCUAAUGCAGCCUUCCAACACUGCUUUAAAAGACUAAAGUAAUCUCCAGAAAAGAUUAAGCCUAAAGAGAAUGGAGACCAUCCGUGUUACAGCAGGGAAUGGUGCAGAUACACAGGCAGGGACCCCUGUGUGCACAGCUGUGACCUCCUGCAGCUGUGCUGAGUGGAAGAGCCCUGACACGGGUCUAAAGGGGUUGCUGUGCUGCACCUGGAGCUGUGCUGGCUCUGUCCCACCCAGCUCAUGUGUCCAGUGUAUCCACCUGUGCUUCCUUCUCCAGGAUGAGCAGUGGGACAUGCUUACUGCUGCUGGGCUGCUGCUUGGGUCCUGCUUUCCAGGGAAAAGCCAGUGAGCAGCAAAGUUGUGACAGUGCCCACAUCUGCUGGUGGCAGGCUCAGGUACGCAUCUCCCAAAAAAUAAAAGAUACGGAGGCUUU